AUGGCCAAAGACGCGCACGGCGAUGAGGAUCCGGCCGCCAGCAUGCUCAAGAUCCUCCUGGAUCAGGCCGAGGACCUCGACCUCACUGACCCGACGAUUCCCAAGGAAGAGCAGAAGAACCCUGGCGACCUCAUGGUCCCGGGUCUCGAGAUGUCGAAGCUGCUCGCCGUGAUCGAGUUCGGCCUUCUCCACUCGGCUGACGAAGAGGGCAUCCUGGAAGGGCUCGACAUGAUCUCGAGAGAGCAGGUCAUGAAGCAGGUCAACGGGACGUUCCAACUCAACAUCAAGCCCAGCCCUGGAUCCGGCUGCAAGGACGAGGUCUACCACUUCUACGUCGAUCUGCGCAAGACGGGCGAGAUCAGGCCGGGCCCCGCUCCCAAGAGGCCCAAGCCCGACGUCGUCAUGACGGUGAGCGACAAGGACAUGGUGGCGCUCAGCAUGGGCAAGCUCAACCCGCAGAUGGCCUUCCUCAAGGGCAAGAUCAAAGUCAAGGGAAACAUCAUGCUCGGCUUGCGGCUGCAGACCGUCCUCCUCACCGAGAUGAACAAACUCCAGCGCACCGCCAAGCUGUAG